AUGUGGGAACUUCGCCGAGGUGUUAAAAAGGUUAUGGGGGUAGUUGUUGAUUCACCGGAUGGUAAAAGAAAUAAAUGUUGGAAUCACGUGAUACUUGAUUUUAAAUGCAAAUAUCCUGUUUACAACGGGAAUCAUGGUGAUUAUGGAGUACCUGGUGAAUGGUGGCAGAAGUUCUACAGGGAAAAUCCCAAUGCAACAUAUUCUGAAAACGAUAAGGGAGAGGAAUUUCUCAUGAGAUACAGGAUACAGGAUACAGGAUACAUACAA